AUGCCCACCGAAAACGUGCAAACUGAACGGAUGAAGAAGUUUAAAAACAAAGGGAAAGACACAGACGCGAUGAGAAGACAAAGAGUAGAAGUUGCAGUCGAACUUCGUAAGGCUAGGAAAGAUGAACAGAUCAUGAAGCGAAGAAACCUCUCUUUUGGCAAGGAAGACGGCUCAUCUCCAGAGAUAGAAGACAAGAACAUGGUUGCUGAGCUAUCUGUGGAAGAAAUAGUCGAUGCUCUGAACUCGGACAGUUUUCACUUCCAUUUGAAGGGAGCUCAGUCAGCCAGGAAAAUGCUCUCCAGGCAGAAGAAUCCCCCCAUCAACGAGGUCAUAAAAGCUGGGAUCGUUCCCAUGCUGGUGGCCUUUCUGAGUCGUCACGAUGCCCCGAACUUGCAGUUCGAGGCAGCCUGGGCGCUCACCAACAUUGCUUCCGGCACGUCGGACCAAACCAGGGCGGUCGUGGAGGCCAAUGCCAUACCGGCUUUCAUAACCCUCUUGGACUCUCCGCAUAUGCACAUCUGUGAGCAAUCGGUGUGGGCGCUUGGUAACAUUGCAGGUGAUGGCCCCAUGUACAGAGACUCUUUGAUCCAGCUGCAAGUGAUCCCACCUCUCCUGGCUCUGGUGGCCCCAGUGACUCCUGUCGGGUUCCUGAGGAACAUCACAUGGACCCUGUCCAACCUGUGCAGGAAUAAAAACCCCUGGCCUCCUCUGGAAGCUGUGAAGCAGAUCCUUCCUUCGCUGAUCUGCCUCCUGCAACAUGACGACAAGGACAUUAUCUCGGACACCUGCUGGGCCAUCUCCUACCUGACCGAUGGGACCAACGAUCGCAUUCAUGUUGUAGUGGACGCGGGGAUACUGCCGAGGCUGGUGCUGCUUCUGUCUUGCCCGGAGUUGCCGGUUCUGACUCCAGCUCUGCGUGCCGUGGGCAACAUCGUCACCGGGACGGACGAGCAGACCCAGCAGGCGAUCGACGCAGGCUUGCUGUCGGUCCUGCCGCGGCUCCUGCGGCACCCUAAGUCUUCCAUCCAGAAGGAAGCGGCGUGGGCACUCAGCAACAUCGCCGCGGGGCCCUGCAUGCAGAUCCAGCAACUCAUUACCUGCGGACUCCUGCCUCCCCUGGUGGAGCUUUUGGACAAGGGAGAUUUUAAAGCUCAGAAAGAAGCCGUUUGGGCAGUUGCCAACUUCACCACCGGAGGCACCGUGGAGCAGGUUGUUGAUUUGGUCCAAGCAGGCAUCCUCUUGCCCCUGCUCAACUUGCUGUCUGCCAAAGAUGGGAAAACCAUCCAAGUGAUCCUGGACAGCCUUUCCAACAUCUUCAUGUCAGCUGAAAAACUGGGCGAGACCGAGAAGCUGUGCCUCAUCGUGGAGCAGCUUGGCGGCUUGGAGAAGAUUGAAGCGCUCCAGACACACGAGAACAUCGCUGUCUACCAAUCCGCUUUAAAUCUCAUAGAAAAGUAUUUUUCUGGCGAGGACAAGGACCUAAAUCCCGAAGCAGACGAAGAAAGCAAAACCUUCACUUUCUCUGUCGAGCAACGGGAUCACUACGAUUUCUAA